CCAGCGGUUAGAGUAAAGAGAGAAAGGGAGGAGCUGAGAGAGAGAGAGAGAGAUGUGCUCGUGCUGAAAAUAUAACAGAUGUACUGAAAAAUCAAACAACCUUUAGAAAUUGAUACAAGGACUGCUUGCUGCGUAUAGAGCAGGGGUUGUGAACUGACUGACUGUGUGGUGUGUGUGUGAGAGAGAGAGGGAGAGAGAGCGCUUCACAGUGCUCUUGAAUAAAAUGUGAAGUUAUGCAUAACUGAUUUGGAAAGACAACCUGAGAAAUGCUGCUGCAAGAGACACUGCCAUGUAAAUCCAAGCUAUUGAUGCAUACAGGACAGCCCGCUCUGGUAUAAGGGUGGAGAAAAAGGGAAUGGAGACAAUGCAGAGAAUAUUGGAAUAAAGAUCUGCAUUGGGUCGUUGGAUUUAAUACGGAGGAGGUGAAGUCAGUCUCACAUGAAUGGUGGAGUUGACACAAGGUGCUCUGCUGAAUUCUGAGAGAUGCUAGACAUGAAAUCUGGCAACUGUGCUAAGAGAGACCAUGGAGAAAUCAAGUAGUGAGGAUUCCUCAAUUCACCGGAGUCCAUCUUUGGAUAGCAAGGAUUCAGACUUUGUUAACCCUUCUACCUCAAGCAGGCAGUUUGGUCGAGGCUUCACUGCCGGAGCUUUCUAUGGUACCACAGGAUCACGCACACAGAACCACAACACAGCUGCAACUGGGACUGGUGUAAAAAGUGACAAAUACAAUGCACCUAAAGGCAGCAAAUAUGUGGUUUUUUAUCUGGAUCUAUCAUUUGUCUUCCUUUUAGAAUUUAAGAAGUGCAGCAUGGCGAGGGGCUGCUUGUGUUGUUUGAAAUACAUGAUGUUCCUUUUCAAUUUAAUAUUUUGGUUAUGUGGCUGUGGGCUCUUGGGUGUGGGAAUAUGGCUGUCGGUGUCACAAGGAAACUUUGCCACAUUUUCUCCCAGCUUCCCUUCACUGUCAGCUGCGAACCUGGUCAUUGCUAUUGGUACCAUCAUCAUGGUGACUGGCUUUCUAGGCUGUUUGGGUGCUAUCAAGGAAAACAAGUGCCUCCUCCUAAGCUUUUUUAUUGUUUUACUGAUCAUUCUCCUGGCUGAGCUGAUAUUACUCAUUUUGUUCUUCGUUUAUAUGGACAAGGUUAAUGAAAAUGCGAAGCAGGAUUUGAAAGAAGGUCUCAAACUUUACAACACAGACAAUAAUGUUGGGCUGAAGAAUGCUUGGAAUAUCAUUCAGGCAGAGAUGCACUGCUGUGGGGUUACUGAUUACAAAGACUGGUAUCCUGUAUUGGGUGACAACACUGUCCCUGACAGAUGCUGCAUAGAAAAUUCUCAAGACUGUGGUCGGAAUUCCACCAACAUUAAUUUAGUGUGGAAAACGGGAUGCUAUGAAAAAGUCAAGAUGUGGUUUGAUGACAAUAAGCAUAUUCUUGGAACAGUUGGAAUGUGUAUCCUCAUAAUGCAGAUACUUGGCAUGGCUUUUUCCAUGACUCUCUUCCAGCAGAUUCACAGGACUGGUAAAAAAUACGAUGCCUAAAAAACCCUACAUGUUUAACUACAUCAGCACUGCUCUCUUGACAUUGGAGGGAGGGAACCCUGAAAAAGAGUAUCAAGCUAUGCCUACUUGGGGUCUUCAUCCCAUCUACAGCAUCCAUCACAUAACUAAUAAAAACUGAGCAGAAUAUAUUACCAGACUUAUUUUGUUUCUUUUCAUUUACCAUUUUUGCCAAAGAAGAGAGGAAACGUAUUGAAAGCAAAUAAGUUUUCUGCAGUAUGUUGUAGAUCCACUAUUUAAGCAACGGUGCUAUUUGUAUGAGACCUUUGAAGGUAACCUGAUGUGUUUAACUGCUAGAAAGAACUAUUUUGAAUUUAUUCUCAUAAGUCACAAACAGCUUAUGCUGAACAUAAUACUGGGAGACUUGAAAAAGCCACUCAAAUGGAGAGCCCUAUGAAUUGAAGCUGCUUGGGAUGGAGAGUUUUUGUUUUUAAAGGAGAAUAUCUUAUAUCUUACUGUGUAUACUAGAAUUUAGUACCCUGGUUUAUAAGUUUUUACUGUUUCCCUCCUUUUUCUCACUUUUCUCAGAGUUCUACACUUUGAGGGAUGCCAUUUUUAGUGUUUGCAAUUCAAAAUGAAAAAGAAAGCUGCAGCCAUUUCUGUUAUAAUGGACCCAAAGGAAUGUCAGCCAUUGUGUUCCUCAGCCCUCAUGUCAUGAAGCCAGACUCUGGGGGUAGGGUCCAAAAUAACUUUUUAAAUACAUGCCUAAGACCUUUUUAAGUACGCCUAAUGUGAGAAUGAAGCAAAUAUGCAUUUGAAAACAUGUAGGCAGUGCUUUUUUGGAAAAAGCCGGUAUCCAUGUUUUGAUAAAGGUGCCAUGGGCAGCAAAAAAAGAACUGCUGGUACUCCAUACCAUUGAGUAGUGUCACAAAAAAAGCACGGAAUGUAUGUAUCAGGUACAUUCAUGGAAGAGUCAGAACUGUGCUCCCUGGAUGAGUCAACACUUGAUGGUAUCAUAUUUUUGAUAAUUCUGUUAAUAUGGAUUUCAAAAUACCAUACUAGGGUUUUCCUUUGCAGGACUGAAAGAAAAUAUGGCCUGUUAUAAACAGGCACUUCAGUAGUUAUUAAAAGAGCAAUUUGUAAAUUUUGUGCCAGGCUAUUCUUGUGAAGAGAACUGCUACUAUAUCACGAUAAAUAAAGGUUCCUAUGAGCUCAAAUUACCUAACCAGAGGCUGCCUCUGAAUGACUCACUAUUCAGGCUUUGCCUUUUUCUUUCAAUUUCAUUAGGGGCACCAUUGUACUGAAUGUGGUUGGAUGAUUCAACCAGUCCCAAUCACAGAGACACAGCAGAAUUACUUGCUAUGAGAGGAGGUUGAUCUUUGAGUUUACAUCCUUCUGGUUUGGAGAGAUGUAGGCUGGGCUCCUCUGAAGGUGGUUAAGGCUGUAAACACACUAGUCGCUAGAUAAAAAUGUUUCCAUUAGCCUCACCUGUAGGGGAAACGAGGUGAUUGCCAAUUUGUUGCAAAAUCUCUUUGAAGUGGAAUUUUUUAAAAAAGCACUUCAGCUGCUCCCACCAAGUUUUACAGUAAAAAGGGGCAGGGUUUAAUUAGUGUCGUGUGCCCCUGUUUUCAAAAGAGAGAGGUGGAGAUGCCCUGGAACCAGCAGAACAGUGAGUGAGUUUCCCCUAAUUCUAACACUUACACAGUUCAAAGCUUCUGUGGUGUGAGAAUGAAAUAUGCCUCCAACUUUAUUCAGAAACACUGUACUUCACUGGUCAGAAGUUUGGGAAAUUAUGUAUCAUUAAAUUAGUACAUUUUUAAA